AUGGCCAAAAGGUUCUCAUGCGUUAUUCUUCUUCUUCUUGCUUUCCUCCAUGAAACUCCAUGUCUAUGUGACUUCACCGCCAUUAAUCUUGGCUGCAAUGAAGAAGAAAGGUCGUCUCUUCUAGAGUUCAAGCACAGCCUCAGCUUCACUUCUCUAAACCGGCUAACUUCAUGGACAGGCAAAGACUGCUGCAAAUGGGAAGGUGUUAACUGCUCCACCAUAAAAAAUUCUGUUCAUGUUACCAAGCUUGACCUUCGAAACCAUGUCAAACCGGAUUCGUCUGGUUUCAUCACACAAGUUCCCAACUGGAUCAAAGCCAACUUCGUUAGCUCAGCUUUGAUGGGGUUGAACCAUUUGGUGCAUGUGGACAUGAACUGGAAUGAUUUUUCUGGCAGCCGAAUUCUGGCUUUCCUUGGCUUCAUGCAGAGCUUACGAUAUCUCAAUCUCUCCAAAGCAUGCUUUGAUGGGUUAGUUCCGGACCAACUCAGAGACCUUAGCAAUCUGCACUCUCUUGAUCUUAGCAGCGGUCCUGAUGAGUUUGUCUUCCGGUUGUUUGUUGAAAACCUUGAGUGGCUUCCAGGCUCUGCUCCCUGCGCCACCUUGAUCUGA